AUGCUUUCCACAGGUCUACAGAUGUGGACUGGAGGAGGGAGUUUGCUGUGUAAGAGGAGGUGGCCAAAUUGGAGAAGCACUUGAUGCUUCUCCGACAAGAGUAUGUCAAGCUGCAGAAGAAGUUGGCAGAGACAGAGAAGAGAUGCACUCUUUUGGCUGCACAAGCAAACAAGGAAAACAGCAACGAGUCCUUCAUCAGCCGUCUGCUGACGAUUGUGGCUGACCUCUAUGAGCAGGAGCAGUAUAGUGAUCUGAAGAUAAAGGUUGGGAGCAAAUACAUCAGUGCUCACAAGUUUGUCCUGGCAGCCCGCAGUGAUAGCUGGAGUCUGGCCAAUUUGUCUUCCACUGAGGAGCUGGACCUGUCAGAUGCUAACCCCGAGGUGACAAUGACAAUGCUUCGCUGGAUCUAUACUGAUGAGCUGGAGUUCAGAGAAGAUGAUGUGUUCCUGACUGAGUUGAUGAAACUAGCUAAUCGGUUUCAACUACAGCUCCUUAGGGAGAGAUGUGAGAAGAGUGUGAUGUCUCUGGUGAAUGUCAGGAACUGUAUUCGUUUCUAUCAGACUGCAGAGGAACUGAAUGCCAGCACACUGAUGAACUACUGUGCAGAAAUUAUUGCAAGUCAUUGGGAUGAUUUACGAAAGGAGGACUUCAGCAGCAUGAGUGCUCAGUUGUUAUAUAAGAUGAUCAAAUCUAAGACUGAGUACCCACUGCAUAAAGCUAUCAAAGUGGAGAGAGAAGAUGUGGUCUUCCUUUAUCUAAUUGAAAUGGAUUCACAGCUCCCUGGGAAGCUGAAUGAAGUGGAUCAUAAUGGAGAUCUUGCUUUAGAUCUAGCCCUUUCACGACGACUAGAGAGUAUUGCCUCCACAUUGGUUAGUCACAGAGCUGAUGUAGACAUGGCAGACAAGAAUGGCUGGAGCUUGUUACAUAAAGGAAUCCAGAGAGGAGAUCUCUUCUCUUCCACUUUCCUCAUCAAGAAUGGGGCCCUUGUCAAUGCUGCUACAUUGGGUGCCCAGGAGACACCAUUGCACCUUGUGGCAUUGUACAGUUCAAAGAAACACUCAGCAGAUGUGAUGUCUGAGAUGGCACAAAUUGCAGAGGCCCUCCUGCAGGCUGGUGCCAACCCUAACAUGCAGGACAGCAAGGGCAGGACUCCCUUACACUUGUCCAUUAUGGCCAGGAAUGAAUACGUAUUCAAUCAGUUGUUGCAGUGUAAACAAUUAGAUUUAGAACUGAAAGACCAUGAGGGCAGCACUGCUCUGUGGCUGGCAGUACAGUACAUUACUGUGUCUUCUGACCAAUCGGUAAACCCUUUUGAAGACCUCCCUGUGGUAAACGGGACUUCAUUUGAUGAAAAUAGCUUUGCAGCCAGACUUAUUCAGCGUGGCAGCAACACGAACGCACCUGAUUCAGUAACAGAAAAUUGCUUACUACAGCGGGCAGCUGGAGCAGGAAAUGAAGCAGCCGCUCUUUUCCUGGCAACCAAUGGUGCCCACGUCAACCACAGAAACAAAUGGGGAGAAACACCACUGCACACGGCCUGUCGGCAUGGUCUGGCCAACCUCACUGCGGAGCUCCUGCAGCAAGGUGCCAACCCAAACCUGCAGACAGAGGAAGCUCUGCCCUUGCCAAAGGAGGCUACAUCCCUGACCAGUUUGGUGGACAGUGUUUACCUGCAGACACCACUUCACAUGGCAAUUGCCUAUAAUCACCCAGAUGUGGUAUCUGUCAUCCUGGAGCAGAAAGCUAAUGCUCUUCAUGCCACCAACAAUUUGCAAAUUAUUCCAGACUUCAGCCUCAAGGACUCAAGAGACCAAACUGUGCUGGGCCUUGCAUUAUGGACUGGCAUGCAUACAAUUGCAGCCCAGCUACUGGGCUCUGGGGCUUGCAUCAAUGACACCAUGUCUGAUGGGCAGACUCUGCUGCACAUGGCCAUGCAGCGGCAGGAUAGCAAGAGUGCACUGUUUCUCCUGGAGCACCAGGCGGAUAUAAACGUCAGGACGCAGGAUGGGGAGACAGCCCUUCAACUGGCCAUCAGAAAUCAGCUUCCGCUUGUGGUGGAUGCCAUAUGCACACGAGGAGCUGACAUGUCCGUGCCAGAUGAGGGUGGGAACCCCCCACUGUGGCUUGCACUGGCAAAUAAUCUGGAGGACAUCGCAUCAACUCUGGUCAGACAUGGUUGUGAUGCUACUUGCUGGGGCCCGGGACCUAGUGGAUGCCUUCAGACACUUCUACACAGGGCCAUUGAUGAAAACAAUGAACCUACCGCCUGCUUUCUUAUUCGCAGUGGCUGUGAUGUGAAUAGUCCCAGACAGCCAGGUACUAACGGAGAAGGCGAGGAAGAGGCCAGAGAUGGACAGACUCCCUUGCAUUUGGCAGCCUCCUGGGGGCUAGAAGAGACAGUACAGUGUCUCCUGGAGUUUGGUGCCAACGUAAAUGCACAGGAUGCAGAAGGAAGAACACCUGUCCAUGUGGCCAUCAGCAAUCAGCACAGUGUCAUCAUUCAGUUGCUGAUUUCUCACCCCGACAUCCACUUGAAUGUACGAGACAGACAAGGGCUGACUCCUUUUGCCUGCGCCAUGACUUACAAGAACAACAAAGCAGCCGAGGCCAUUCUAAAACGAGAAUCUGGGGCUGCUGAGCAGGUGGACAACAAGGGCCGGAAUUUUCUUCACGUGGCCGUUCAGAACUCUGAUAUUGAAAGUGUCUUGUUCCUGAUCAGUGUCCAAGCUAAUGUGAAUUCCAGAGUCCAGGAUGCUUCCAAAUUGACCCCUUUGCACCUUGCUGUCCAAGCAGGCUCAGAGAUUAUUGUCCGCAAUUUGCUGCUUGCAGGAGCCAAAGUGAAUGAACUGACCAAGCACCGACAGACUGCCCUCCAUCUCGCUGCCCAGCAGGACCUUCCCACCAUCUGCUCAGUCCUCUUGGAGAACGGAGUGGACUUUGCUGCUGUGGAUGAGAAUGGAAAUAAUGCUCUGCAUCUUGCUGUCAUGCAUGGACGGCUCAACAACAUCCGGGUCCUCCUGACAGAGUGCACUGUGGAUGCCGAAGCCUUUAAUCUCCGAGGCCAGUCGCCACUGCACAUUUUGGGACAGUACGGCAAAGAGAAUGCAGCAGCCAUCUUCGAUCUCUUCCUAGAGUGCAUGCCUGAAUAUCCUCUGGAUAAGCCAGAUACAGAAGGAAACACAGUGCUGCUCUUAGCAUACAUGAAAGGGAAUGCCAACUUGUGCCGUGCCAUCGUCCGAUCUGGGGCCCGCCUUGGGGUGAAUAAUAACCAAGGAGUCAACAUUUUCAACUACCAGGUUGCCACCAAGCAACUUCUGUUUAGACUCUUAGACAUGCUGUCCAAGGAGCCUCCGUGGUGUGAUGGCUCCAACUGCUAUGAGUGCACUGCCAAGUUUGGAGUCACGACUCGGAAACACCACUGUCGUCACUGCGGACGUCUUCUUUGCCAUAAAUGCUCGACCAAGGAGAUUCCUAUCAUAAAGUUUGAUCUGAACAAACCUGUGCGAGUUUGCAACAUUUGCUUUGAUGUACUGACUCUGGGUGGGGUCUCUUAGUGAGCCCCCAGGAGGGUCCAGGCCACUUCCCGGGUCACCUCCCAGCAGCUGCUCUGCUCACCAGCCUGACCCCACCCAGAGCAGGAGCUGGCAGUCGUCUUCCUGCAGCAAACGACUGGAAUUAAGGACCAUGGUGUGAUAGACCCCAUUGCAAUGAUUCUGUAUGGUUGUCAGUGUCGGACUGUGAUCGAGUUCACUAGCUGUUUUCAUGAAUCGGACCAGGCCAUUUAGCCUAAGUGGUAAAUGUGAUAAGAAUUAGAGCCCAUUCUGCUAGCAGCACAACAAGGACACUUCAGAAACCAUUUUCCCUCCCAGUAGCUUAGUGUCCAUCUCAGAGCAUUCAUAAAGUCUUCCGUCUGGGCUAACUUACUGGGCAGAGCCUAACAGUAGGGAGCCGGCAUCGGGCUGCUCCACGAGAGCUGCCUUUCCUCGAGGGUAAGUGCUGUGGACUUUUCUACACAGCGUUUUCAUGACGAGAAUAGGAUCCUCUUGCCCUGAAGCUUGGUUUUGGGGGUUUUGUUUUCUUGGGUUUUUUUUUUUUCUUUUUUUGGGGAAAAGCUAAGCUGUAUUUUUAGUGAGCUACCCCUUUAAAAAAGGUGGAAUCUUUCUAAACAGGGUUCAAAGAUGAGAGCUGAAAAAUCGUGGCCUUAACAACUGAAAGCUUUACCAGUAUUUAUGCUACUCAGGUGUCAGGAGUGUGGUGUGGCUGUUGACACCUUCUAGCAGCAUCUCAUUUUCUCAUCUUGCUGUGUCCUGUCUGUGGCAUCCUCGGUCACUCUGCCACUAGAGAGUGGUGGAGGAAACGCACUUUUAUUGUGCUGCACUUUUUAUAGAGCUGCAUUAUUGGUGAUUCCAAUUUAAAAAUUCCUCACACAUUCAUAAAUCAGUGACUAAUGAUCAGCUUUGACUGGACCUCCACUCACAAUACGUCUUAAAAGAAAAACUCCUGCAUUUGUGUCAUUUGGGGCAAGAAUGUCACACAGCCCAGGUAAUGAAGAGGAAGAUCUCCAGCACCGAGCUGACAGGCUCAUCUCCUUGACAUGAAUACUUCGACCGUAAACCUUCUCGAGUUAAUACUGUGAGUGCUGUUGGUCCCGGGGCCCAGGGCCCGGGUCCCAGUUCUGUGUAGCUUGCCCUGCCCCACAGGAGCCAGUUGCCGAAGGCCCUCGCCAAGUACAUGUGACCCCCUUUUGGAAGGCUCUGGCUUGUAUGCUGAGUAAGGCCCCCAGAGCUUGUUGGGCCUUAGUCGCUGCUAGGACGUCUGUUAACCCUGAAGUGUUGAACUUUUCUUUUGAAGGUUUGGCCAGUUUUUAAAUGCACACUUAAAGAGAAACUUCUACCACUACUUAAUAAAACAAAACAAAAAAACACAACUCUGAGGUGAAUAAUAGCGUUGUAGAGUUAUACUCAAAGAAUAAUAAUCUCAAUCAUAUGUGCUGAUUUUUUUUCUCAGACAUUUAAUAACCACUACAUUUUUUGCAUCAAUGAAGUAUGACUGUAUAUGUAAAGGGACUAAAUAUUUUUUUUGCAACAGCCUGUUUGUUUGUUUUUGGAUAGUGGUGGUAUGUCCUCCAUGUUGCUGUAGAUUUAUAUAUUAUAUUGCCUAAAUAUGUGUGUAAAAUGAGCUGAUAAACCAGAGUGCUACUUUUUUUUAAUAUUCCUGUGAUUUAUAAGAUAUAUAUGCUUUCCAUGUUAAUAUGAGCUUGUGUAUAAUAUUUAAAAGAAAGCAUUAAUUAGAAGAGCUCCCCUGUGAAGUAUUUCAUACGGAAUUUUUAUGGAAAACACCGCGUCUUGGCAAACCCUUGACCAUGUGAGGCAUGUGGUCACUUUCCAUUUUCUAUUUGAAUAGGGCCACGAGGAAGUAGGGCUUAGUUAGGUGGCUUAAUUUUUCAUUGGAAAGGGAAAUGAUGAUUCUUCUGUAUGAAUUGAUUGGUUGGUACUUGAAUACUUGCUCUUUUAACAUUCAUGGUAGAGAGGAUGGGAAUUCAGUCAGGGAUGAGGUUGAUCCCUGCCCUACUAAUUUCACUAACAAUCUUGCCUCUAAUUGCACUUAAAAUCAUGUCUAAAGUACAUUGAGUCAAGUUUUUAUUUCUCCCCAGAGUCUAGGGAUAGAUAAGGUACUGAUCAGUUGUGGACUGGGGAAACAUUUUCUGCAUUGGCUUCACAGUCCUUUUUUGUAAAUCUGGAAGAAGCACCUUUCUGCAGUCUUGGAGACCUGGCCGCCUGUGCCAGCGCUCAGUGGGCUGCAGGCAGCACGUUCCGGAGCGGCCGCUGCCCCGGCGCUCAGGCCCCUUUGUGCCGUCUCCAAGCCGGUGAGAGUGACUGUGGAACACUUUGCAGUUGUUGUUACAUUUUAACUAUAGCGCAAAUACUAGUAUUAACUUUUAAUUUUAUUCAUUCAGAAAGCUGUCAAUUGUGAAUGAGUAGACCAGGAGAAUAAACUUUACUAAAAUAUAAUUUGCUGCAUCAGUCAACAUUGUUAUGCUGAAUUAGCUUUUUAACUGCCUCUUGCUCAUCACCAGGUUUAUUAUACGAUGUAUUCUAGACACUUUUUUUUUUAAGAUGAAGGUACAAACCAUGUGCUAUAUAAAUUGAAUAGCUACAACUAAAUUGCUAUGAUCCUUAAAAUGAAUUUCCCACAAACUUAAGUGCCUACACUUAGGACUCUUUAAUUUUUCAGUUUCUUUUUGGUGGUGUCUCAACUGAAUGAUGUCUUAGAACAUGUGUACCAUUUAGUUUGUUGCCUGUGCCCUGUCAAUCCCAAAUUAGCAACUAUUUAAGAUUGGAUUCGAUUGCUCAGCUCAUCUGCCAUAUUCUCUCCAGGAGUAUGGUCCAUGUGACCACGAGUCCUCUACCUCAGAGCCCUGAGUCAUUUUUGAUCUCCCCAUUCAGCCUCCUCACUCUUCUCCCUGAAUGGGUCCCUGCAGGGAGCUCAGCGUGCUUGUGGGUUCACUCCUCCCGUUCACGGCCCACACCUGUUGUAGCAGAGUAUUGUGCUGAUCUUGUCUGUAGGCAUGAGGUGGAAGGAAAAUCUUGGCAUGGGGAAGAGCCUUGAUUCUAUCUAGGUUUUUAUUUUCUUUUUUGAGAAAAAGAGCACUGUUGAGCUGCCUGAUGCUCAAACCUGAGAGGCAGACAAACUCCCCAGGUAAUGGUAGCAUGAGCAAGUAAAUGUAAUGUUCCCUGCCAGACCCACUGAGCUUCUGCUCGAGACUGAAGGAACUCCUGAGCCAAGCUUUCUUUCAGGACCUGGGAGCGCUUCCCUUGGGCUCAAGCCCCAGAUGAACUAAACAGGGAGCUGGCCUGCCCUCCACCAUCCCAGCUUUCUGAAGGGAUAUAGAAGCUACAUUCUUGUUUUGUGGAAGGAAUUGGUGAAGAGCUGGUGGCUUGACAAGAUAAAGACUAAACAAUUAAGUCCCCAGAAGUUGUCCUAGAUGCCUUAAAGACUCUGGAGGAUCACUGUACAGUUCCUCUUCUGUGUGGCAUAAUAAUAUAUUAACCUGUUACAGUUGACAACACUGGUUUUCUGUAGCUAGGGAGUCUUGCGUCGGCAGACUGCGCGACUGAAUGCCUUGUCCUUUCUUGGCAGAUGUGUGGAGGUGGCAGUUACCAUGACCUACGAGGGGCAAGGGCAGUAGCUGGGCGGAGGCUGCAGGCACACGUUUGGGUUGAUCACCUCGGCUUCCAAGCCAUGCAGGGUGGUGCUGAGUGUGGGAUGCUGGCAUUGAAUAGGACCAUGGCGCUUAUCGGCAUCUUUUCUUUGGAAUCGUGUAAUGGAAUGUAUUUUUCAAAUACUGAUAUUUGCAUUUUCUGUAACAAUUCCUUAUAAUAAAAAGGUAAAAUUGUGCAUUUAAAGUGGAAACUUUAAUAAGAUCUUUGUAGUUACUUUUAAUGCAGAAGUACCAAUAAGCAUUAAAAACAAAUUUUAGAAACUCCUGA